GCGAAAGCAGAACAAGAGAAGCUCCAGCUGAGCCAGCGGCUGGAGGAGCUGAAGCAGCAGAAAGCAGAGAUGCUCGAGGCAGAGAAGAAAGCCCUCCACCGCCUGGCCCUGCGCGAGAAGGCCAAUCAGUCUGUCGAGACGGCUCUUGCGCCGCUGAAGGCCUUGCCCCAGCAACUGCGUGAGGAGCAGACGAAGCUGCGUGCUGAGGUGCAGCAGAUGGGACAGACCUUCGUCGGCGAGAUCGCGAAGAUGGUGGAGGGCACCAAGAAAUUGAAG